UCUAACGUUAGCUACAUUUAUCGAUUCGGGCUGCAAUGACCUGAGGCCAUGGCCGCUGAUCCUACACCAUUAGGUUCAUAGUUUUGACAAAUUUUAGGUUUUUAUUAUAGACCAGGAUGGGAUUGAUAAAAUUGCUGUACAAGGCAAAUCUGACGCCCAGUUGAGCUGCUUAUAAGGACACGUAAAACAAGGUGGCGGUUUGUAAUUUUACGGGAGAGGUAGCUAGCAUAGCUAGCCAACAUUAACUAACUAGAAUCACGUUUAACGGCUAGCUAGCUAGCUUAACGGCACAACGUAAUACAUACGGUAUAUUUAUAUCUUAAGGAUUAGAUUGUCAAAGCCAUACUGAAUGCUACUCUAUUACUUUCUCGAAUGGAUCUGUGUGAGGAUGGACGGCUUUAAUGCAUCCGGAGAUAUAAAUGCCGGUGAAAUAGGGCAUUGUGUGGUUCUCCGGGCGGGAAGCGACCAUCCCGUGACCGGCGACCUCAGAACACUGCACAACCUGACGGCUCUGGAGAAGAUUUGUCGGGUGUCUCCUUACUUCGGCGAAGUCCAGACAGACAUCCAGCCACACAUGCGGAGGAUACUGGCAGUAUGGAUGUUUCAGGUGUGUGAGGAGCAGAAAUGUGAAGAGGAGGUGUUUCCACUGGCAGUGCAUUACCUGGACAGCUACCUGAGCCAUUUCGUCAUUGAAAAGUUCAACCUGCAGCUUUUAGGAUGCGUUUGCAUGUUCCUGGCCUCCAAAAUGAGAGAGACUGUCCAUCUGACUGCCAGCAAGCUUUGUAUCUACACGGACAACUCUAUUUCAGUCUCAGACAUUCUGCAGUGGGAGGUGGCAGUGGUGUCCAGGUUAGACUGGUGUCUGGCGUCUGUGGUACCCUCUGACUUCCUGGAGCCAGUUCUUCAUGCUCUCCCCUUUGUUCGCCCCCACCACCUUCCUAACAUGCGCAGGCAUGUUCACUCUUACAUUGCUGUUGCAGCAACUGACUGCAGGUUUUCAGUGUUCUUGCCCUCCACUGUUGCGUGUGCCUGUGUGAGCAUUGCCACGCAUAGGCUGAAGUUAGUGGACGCUGCUGUCUCCUCUGAUUCAGUGAUGGGGUUUUUGGCCAACCUUUUGGUCAUUGAUCUGAGCACUGUCAUUCUCUGCUGUGACCAGCUAGGGAGUGUGUUGGAGCUCAGCCUGCCCUCUUGUUUCCAGGCCAGUGUUUGCAGAUCAGGAGCUCACAGCUCAGAGAUCAGCUACGCCCCUGCAGAUUUUAAGGAUGUUGUAUUGACACCAGUGGCAUCGCCCCAGGAAAUCAAGCUAAAACACUCCUCCUUGACAUGAAGGGCUAGAUGAAUUGUAAAUUCACUGCCAUGAAGGAAAACAAGAAGCCUAAAUACCAGGCAAAAUGUGUCUUGAGGCCUUUUCUUCUAAAUCAUAAUUGUUCUUUGCAAGUUGAUUGUUUUGGAGAUCCCUCUGUGACGUGAAGCAGUGUCACGGUUUUAUAUAUUUGGGAAAUCUGUUGCUGCUCGUUUUAAAGUAGUUUGCAUUUGCUAAAGCAGCUUUGAAUGAUUGAAUAUUUCGGAUUCAUUAACUUUGUGAUAAUUACAGUUAAAUUGCACUAAAUCCUAAUUGCAAUGUCUGCACAUUUUAAAAGUAAUGACGUCUUCAUAUGUAUAUAUUACCACUUACCUGGAUCCAUUGAUAUUUUAAUAUAAGGUUUUUAUCAGGGCAGUUUCAAUAAAUUUGAAUAGAUGUUUCUGCAUGGUUUCAAAAGAGUAAUGAAUUCACUUGUAUAUCAAUAUUGUAAUGACAUAAAAGACAACAUAAAACAUUGUAUGUAGGCCACUAACGACAUUAGGCGGAGCUUCAGUUUUUUAAAUUUAUUUUCUCAUCCCAGUCAUAACAGCAUGGCAGAUCAGUCAUAUACAUGAUUAGCCCAGUAACUUUGGCAAACAUGGUUUUUUGUUGCUGUUAAAGAAAAAAUAUAA